GACAGCUUCUGCAGAUUCUAACGGAGCGGUAGUUUUAUUUUCCCUUCCGAAAGCGGCCCAGUCUCGUUCUGCUCUUUCUCCCUUCUCCCAAGAGAUGAGUCUUGAAGCGACAUGUUUCCAUAAGUAAGGCAGUCAACUGGGGUUUUGGGGUCUUACAGCGGUCCUGUUCGCACUGACCCGCCUGGACUUUUCCGCAGUUGUUGCCAAACAAAACGGUGUUUUGCUGCUUUUUUAAAAAGUAAAACAUGUCAGUCCCAGCAAACCCUCUCUCUGCCACUGCGGUGUAUGAUGUAGUGGUUGUAGGAUCCUGUAUGACUGAUUUGGUCAGUUUUGCUCCACGUUUGCCUAAAGCUGGGGAAACCAUACAUGGCUGCAAAUCUUUUGUUGGAUUUGGAGGGAAAGGAGCUAACCAGUGUAUCCAGGCAGCACGACUUGGAACCAAAGCAGCAAUAGUGUGCAAGGUUGGGAAUGAUUCAUUUGGAAAGAAUUACAUCGAAAACUUGAAAUGUAAUGGCAUAUCUACAGAGUAUGUGGGCCAAACAAGUGAAGCAUCAACAGGAGUUGCCUCUAUUACUGUGAAUGAUGAUGGGCAGAAUGCAAUUGUAAUUGUGGCUGGUGCAAAUCUACUCUUAAAUUCAGAAGAUUUGAAACAAGCUUCCCGUGCAAUCUGUUGUGCAAAGGUGGUUGUCUGUCAGCUGGAAAUUCAACCUGCCAUCUCAUUAGAAGCCUUGAAACUAGCACAUGAAGCUGGAGUGAAGACCAUCUUCAAUCCUGCUCCAGCUACUGCUGCUCUUGAUCCUGAUUUCUACAAAAAUACAGAUGUCUUCUGUUGCAAUGAGAGCGAGGCAGAGAUCUUAACUGGCAUUGAAGUAUCCAACAUUGAAGAUGCUGGAAAGGCAGGCUCCAUGCUGUUGGAGAAGGGUUGCAUUGUUGUGAUCAUUACGAUGGGAGCAGAGGGCAGUUUGCUGAUGUCACAGGAGAAACCAUCUCCUUGCCAUAUUCCCACAAGGAGAGUGAAGGCAGUGGAUACUACGGGUGCGGGUGACAGCUUUGUGGGUGCCCUCGCUUUCUACAUGGCUCAUUAUCCUUGCAUGGAACUGGAAGAAAUAAGCAGGAGAGCCUGUGACAUUGCUGCGGUGAGCACCCAAUCACAAGGAACUCAAGCUAGCUAUCCCAGUCGAGCACAGCUCCCACGGGAAUUCUUUUAGGCAAGAUUGCCUGUUUCAUGACAAAAUGAAAAACUGAGGCAUUCCAUAUGGUUAUAUUCAAAAUCUUUAUUAUACAAUUUACAGACAACAAAUUGUAAAUAAAUGUGCAACAGAGCCGA